GGCGGGAGGUGUGAGCACCAACUGCCGCUGCCCGCCGAAGCUGCUCCUACUUUGCCUGCACUGAGGACUGAAUUUGGAUACUAAAGCGAGACGAUAACUCACACAAACUAGACUGCAUAGAGUCCACCCCGGUGUGCAAUGAUGUUGCAGUGAUAGAUAACCGCCUUUCCAGCGCUAUCUCGCACCCUACCGGCAUCGUCAGCUGUUGCUUUAGGGGACAGGGAAGUGUCGGGGGCAGCAGAAAAAAGGCCAAACUAUGCGCUUGAUUCUCAAACGGUAACCAUUUUCGACCCUAACUCGACUGGGGAGCGGAUGCGAACAGAGGUUGUCAACGAGCCUCUGAGUGUUUUAUGCCCGUUAUCGGUGCCGGAGGAGCUGUACCAAUGGAGAAAGCGACUCCACCGCCCCAGCCCCAGCCCCAGCUCCAGUUGUCGAUAACAAAGACUGAAAGUCCAGCGGAGGACAUCUCCAGUCUGACAGACGAGGAGCUGCUGAAGUGGACCAAGGAGGAUCUGGUGCGGCGGCUGAGGCGGUCUGAGGCCGACAAGAUGAGUGUGAUUCUGGACCACGGGAAUCUCAUCCGAGAGGUCAAUCGCAGCCUCCAGCUGCACUUGAACGAGAUCAGGGGGCUGAAGGACAUUAACCAGAAGCUGCAGGAGGACAACCGUGAGCUGCGGGACCUGUGCUGCUUUCUAGACGAUGACCGUCAGAAGGGUAAGCGUGUGUCCAGAGAGUGGCAGAGGCUUGGCCGUUACAGUGCCAGCAUCAUGCGCAAAGAGGUGACCCUCUACCUCCAGAAGCUCAAGGAACUGGAGAUGCGGCAGGAAGAGGUGGUCCGGGAGAACCUGGAGCUUAAGGAGCUCUGCCUGCUCCUGGAUGAGGAGAAGGGGGUUGUAGGAGGAGGUGGUGUGGGAGGAGGUGGAGUCGGAGGUGGCGUAGGGGUGGGAGGUUGCCGUAACUCCAUAGACAGCCAGAAUAGUUUGCUGCUGGUGCCUGGCACAGGGCUCCUGAUGAGGGACAUGGGGGAUGGGAGCAGCACCUCCAGUGCAGGGAGCGCCGACAGCUCCGAUCAUCCUCACCAUAAGCAGCCUCAUCUGGCUGGGGGAGUGGGUGGAGUUGGUAGUGUUGUCAGUAUUGGUGGCGAAAAGGGGAGCCCUGAGCUCCUCCACAAACCCAGGUGUAGCAGCAUCAGUGGAAUAGGAGGAGGAGGCCCAGGAGAGCGGGAAGUGUCCAGCCCUGAGCACCCGGCUGGGCGUCACCGCAGCACUAGCUUGGAGUACCCGUACGCCCUGCCCCAGCCCUGCCGGCCCCGCUGUGGCUCCAUCUCUGUGCCUGACCACAGUCGCGUCAUGCGGGGCCUGAGUCCAGAAAAAUACGGGAAGAACGUGGGCCGACGGAGUCCGGAGCAACACCCGAAGCACCACAGCUCCGACCUCCUGCUGGGUCAGAAGCAGCACUUCCUAGGGCAGGGAGGCAGCGGGGAGCUCUACCAGAGACACCACCGGAGCAGCAUCAGCAGUCUCGGCGGCGGGAGCCCAGAGCCCCGACAGGCACAUUUAGGGAGCAUUGACCACCAUGAGAAAGGAUGUGUGAUCCAGGGGGGCAGCCCGGAGACUCACAGGCACCAGUACAGCAUGAGCCCGGACCAACUGAAGUUUGGCAGCCCUGUGAGAGACGGGCAGAGGAGGCCGACUGGAGAGGAGCUUUCCCCACAUCAUCGAAGCAUCUACAAUGGGAUGAAUGCUUUGAUAUCAGCUGGCUGCUGCACCAACAACUGUAGAAAUGUCAAGCUAUGGGACAGCUUUGAUGCCUCCUCUUGACCCCAACUUGGCCAGCCAGGCUCCACAAACGGAGGGGAGGCGCUCGCGUGGUACGGCCCUCUCACAUCACUGGCCCUGACAGGCCGGGGGCCCCUGGAUGCCACCCUCCGCAGCUCCAGAUGGUCCUUCCGUGCCCUCACCCAUCUCCACAGCAGCCCUAAAACAGCCUGCCUCCAUGUUUUCAUUUCUACAUAUCAAGAGAUUGUGUGUUUGUGAGUGUGAGUAUGAGUGUGGGUGCGUGCGGGGUGUGAGAGUGGGGGGUGUUUGGGGGAAUGCUAUUAGUACGGUUGGUAAAACUCCUGAAGACUGCCGCAGCUAAACGGAUGAGAGUGGAUAUCUCUCCCUGCCAACUGUGACAUGGCCUACCUCCCGGAGAGCAAAGAGGGAAAGGGAGGGAAGCUGGACGAGGGGGAGCGAGAUGAGAUGAAGAGGACUCUGCUACCCUCUGUUUACAAAUGUAGUUUAUCAGUGGAGAAGCACAUUUAUUGGACUUUCUAUAACUUGCUGUUCUUACCCAUAAUUAUUUUCCCACACCCUCUCCUCUCCUCUCCUCUCCCUCUCUCUGUCCUGUUUCUCUCACCCCUCCUCUUUGAGGUCUCCUCUCUCUUGCUCUCUCUCCGUCUGUCUCCCUCCCCCUCCUUCCCCUCCUCUCCAGAUAUUCAUCAUCUUCAAAGUGUGUAAUGAGACUGCUGUAAUCUAAUGUUCUGUCUCUUGGUCUCCAAACGCAAAUCCAGCUGAUCACAUUAUUGCCAUCCUCUCCUCUCCCCUCCCUUGUGAUUCAAAACUCUGUCAGUCAUUUUCAACAGAGCAUAGAAAACAGAAAACACACACACACACACACACACACACACGCACACACACGCACACAAAACAAUGUUUAUUUGUUCAAGAUGUUCUAGCAAAGAAGAAAACCUCUUCCUGUGUCUUAAACCAAGAUGGCCAACAUUAGCUGCUGACAGAUGUUCUAGUUCUACAAGAUGCAAUGUUCAGGUGUCAUUUUGUUUUUUGUAUUAUCUUCUUUGCUCCCUGAAAGCGCCUAUAUUGAAGCUGGGGGUAAGAUUAUACGUUUCUCCAUGUUGUUUUUUACAAGGAAGUAAAGUCCAAGUAAAUAGUAGA